CACAAAAACUUUCCACACUGUGACCUCAGUCCUGAUCAUUAAUCUGGCUAUUAGUGAUCUGUUAGUUGGAGUCGGUGUUAUGCCGUUUGUGGCGGUUUCCAUUAUGAACAACGGAUGGGUCAGCUGCAAUGAUCUCUGUCUAUUUGUUGGUUACACCUCUUCCGUCUACUGCACCGUGUCGGUCUUGACUCUUGCGGCUAUCGCACUGGACCGUUACUUCUCCAUCAUGGACUGCCUGCGCUAUAAUUCCCGCUGCACCGUAUGGACAACAGGUUCGGCCGUGUUGUGGAUCUGGCUGCAAGCUAUGUUGACCAGCUGUCCACCUCUUUUCGGUUGGAGUAACGUGAUCUACGUGGCUCCUAUGUACAGCUGUGCUAUAAACUGGGCAAACAGCCCCAGCUACACAGUUUUUAUGUCUGUACUAUGCUUUUUUCUACCCGGUGCAAUCAUCCUGUACUGCUAUGUGAAGAUUGUACGGGUGGCACGCUACCAUGCCAGAAGGAUCCAUAGCUUGGAGGAACACUUCCGGACAAAGCCCACAUCUGCAUCUAUGUCGGAUCUCCAGCGUUCAUCUGCAGAUGUGGACAUUUUUGCGCCCUCCAAGCUGGUGUAUUACGUGAGUGGUAGGUUUGUGGCUGACGUGCAGUUGGAGGUUCCUGAUGAAGCAAAAUCUGGAGAUAUCUCAUCCACCCAAACUGGUGGACAUCUGCACUCCAUCCUGGCUCAGGUCCACAGCAGCAGUCCUCAGCAUCCCAACCAACCUCAGCAUCACGGCAUCUUAAGAUUGUUUCUGGUCAUCGCCGCCUUUUUUCUUUGCUGGACACCAUACAUUUGCGUGUGUCUUGUGCAGGCCACUGAAACGGCUCUUUCUUGGCGCACCAGCCUCGUUUCCCCCUCAGCGGUUACGUUCUCCUACUGGCUGCUGUUGUUUAAUUCGGACAUCAACCCAUUGCUGUACGCCCUCCUGAGCAAGCGCUUUCAGGGGGCUCUUCAGGGUUUAAGAUGCAGGAUUCAGACCAGGCUGGGUGGAGCUGUUGGACUAGCAGGAGCAGACAGCGACCCCACUAACAGCUCCAGAAAUGACAGUGCUCCUCUGGAGUCAACAUACUCUUCUGUCUGUACUCUAAGCUCUUCGUUCCCAAAGAACCUUGAGGAGCAGAUCAGGAAUGUUCUUCCGUCUGGAAGUGUGACGACUGCUCAGGCUGUCUGUCGUAAAUGUAAUGGGAAUAAUGUUAAGACCUCAGAUCACCUGCAGGUUCCCUCCAGACAAUGUGAGAGGAACAGACUUCCAGAUUCUGCCGCAACUAAAAAUAAACAAGCAACUUUCUUUUAUGGAGAGAUUACGGUAAAUGUAGAGCAUGAUGUUUGCUGAAGAUCUCAUAUUCUGCAUAACUAAAAACACUACUACCUGUCAAUUUAAAAAUGUGGACGAUUGUUUUAAAGUAAAUAUUUUCGGUUUACUUUAAAGUC